CAGCUCUUGUUGAAUGACUAGUCUGUGUAUUUUUGGCGACAAAGUAGAGAUAUAAAGUGACCUCAAUUUACUAUAACUGUAAAUCGGUCGACAUGAUCGUUGUUAAGCUAUUUGUUCUUGGUUAUAUUGGCUUGUUCUAUUUUGCACAAGCGGAGCGGUGCUUUCAUUGUACAGAUGUAGCGGACCCAAGUAACUGUACCAAAAUUGAAACAUGCGGACCAGAUCAGACUUGCUCCAUCAGACAGUUUGUGACAGCUGUUGGCGAUGUAAUGUACAGCUCUGGAUGUCUUGAUAAAACGAAAUGUGGAACACUUGGCAAUAUACUCGGAAAGAGAGAUAUAUCUGAGAGAGGUACUGAUGUAACAACAUGCUAUGAAUGUUGCGAUCAAGAUUUCUGUAACAAUCAAGGAUGUGGUACAACAGCAAUAUCACGUGAUAAGAGAGGACCAUAUUGUUUCACGUGCGAUGCCAGCCUGGACCCUCAAGCUUGCACUGACAUUAACAUUUGUAAAGAAACUGAGGAGUGCAUUGUAUUUGUGUCUACAGAUUUGAGCAGUUCUUCGCAAGUUGUAUACACAAGCAUGUGUGAGUCUAAUGCGGCAUGUACGGCAUUCUCUCAUAUCGGCAUAAGUGGUAGUUGUCCGCCAGUUUGCUGUAAUCAAGACUUUUGUAAUGACAAGUGUAGCCUAGGUGUAAUGACGACUAGCCCACCGGUUGUUUGUGAUACUUCUGCCGGAUACCAACUGCUACAAGACGGAAACACAUCACUGUGUGUCCAUACUUAUACAAAUCACGAAGAUUGGUACAAUGCACGAGCCACAUGCAUAGCUGCUGGGGGUGACCUUGUUAUUCUAGACACGAACGACAAAGCUGUCCUAAUGAGAAACACCAUACUGAAUGAUAUACAUCAUAACCACCAGGAAGGAUAUUGGAUUGGUGCACGUGACUUUGACCUCAACGAUACUUUUCUCUGGAUAAACAGCCAAAAAGUUGAUACAUCCGAAGCAGAUUGGCACCCGGGCCAGCCAAACCAUCAUGACGGAGGCCAUGACCAAAACUGUGCAGUCAUGUGGAGGGGUAGUCAUAGUCAUUCAGAGAACUAUCAGUGGCAUGAUGAUUUUUGUGAUAAACCAUUGGGUUUCAUUUGUGAACAGUCAUGAAUGAUUAAACUUGGAUAGUCUUUCAGUCCUUGUUCAAA